AUGCUUCUGAGUUCGUUCUAUUUCUGGGAGAGAUCUACCAAUUGCUUCCAUGUUCCCUUUGGAAUGAUCACCCCAACCCUUCUCAACGUUGCUGCAAUUGCUAGUCUCUGGCCUAUGGGAGAUGACAAUCACUCUACUGCUGUCCCAACUGCACCAAUUGUGAUCUCAACAGAGAAUGUGUCUUUUAGUCGAUUUAUCGAAUACCACUAUGUCGAAGAAGGUGAGGUGUCUGACGCAGAACAUGCCGCUUUCCUUUUAUAUUGGCUUUCUGCUUACGUCUUUUGCACCAAGUCUUUGAGAAUUCCGGCCAAACUUCUUCCCUUGGCCAACCUGCUUCAUGAGGGUCGAAAGAUCGCUAUGGCCAAGCUUGUUCUUGGAAACCUCUACCAAAUGAUCAAUGACGCUGUGGCGGAUAUUCGAAAUCCCAAAUUUGCUUCUCUUAACGCAGCUGGCCCCUUAUGGUUGGUCCAACUCUGGCUAAAUGCUGCUUUCGAAUCGUUUCUCUCAGCUAAAAGGACUCCUCCUGCAGUUUCCAACACGAGGAUUGAUGCCCAUCGACUUGAGACGUUAACUCCGCCUUAUGAUGCUUCUCACUUUGAAGCGGAUUUUAGGAAGUACUUUGCCAUGUUUCUCGAACUAAAGCAUUACCGAUCUAGCUUUGCCCCAUACAGCAAGCCAACCUAUGGCCCUCGAUGGCUGAGAAACUCAUAUCCUAACCUUCCCAAUUCAGAAGCACUCUCUCCCCACCACCUUGAGCUCUGGCAAACCAUCCUGUCUCCUCGAGUUUUGACUAUUGGUUUUGCCAGCAGUGAUCAUACUUUGUGCGGUUAUAACCCUCAGUUGGUUUCUCGACAAUUUGGGCUAAGCCAAGACUUGCCUAAUACUUUGUUUGACAACACCCUUGUUCUUUAUCCUUGUACCAUUACUAAGACCAGUAUUUUCGACAGCACCGUUCAUCAUUACAACAAAAAGCUGCUUGAUCUUAGUCCCUUCUCUUUCAUUCCUUCAUACUAUGUCACCAAAUCAUUCAAAACAUGGUGGUCUGCAUAUUGGACUGAAAUUUCAAUGUCGCUUGUGAAUUCCCUUCAAUGCAUGACAAAUGCUUUUCCUGUGCAAGACUCGGCUUCCAAGAAAACCAGAUCUGAAGCCAUUCCUCGACCGCCUCCCCAAGCUUCUCCUCAAGAUCCGCAUGCUACCAUCGAGAUUGAUGAUGACGAUGAUGAUGAUGGGGUUGCUCUGGCGGAAAAGCUUGCUGUGACCAAGGUCGAAGUUCAAGAACAUUCUGCUUCCAGUCCCCCGCCUCAUGAGAACCCUCCUGUUUCUGAUUCUACCCAGUCCAAACGCAAACGUGGCGAGAAGACGCCGGUCGAGAAAGCUUCAAAGAAGACAUCCAGAACCAAAUCAGGUCGCAAGUCUGGUAGUCGAUCUUCCCCGCCUUCCAAGAGUUCAGCUGAUUCCAGUCCUCUUAAGAGGUCUGCUAACAAGAUAACCAUUCGUUGGUCAUAG